AUGCCUCUCCCUGUGCGCAACUGGGGUGCGGAAGUUGAGAACACCUACAUAGCUGAACAGCUCGACUAUGACCCACAACAGCAACAAGAGCAAGCACAGGAGCAGCAGACACGUCUCAAUGCAGGUCAGCGGGCUGCGUUCGAGACGAUCAUCAAUGCGGUCACCAAUCAAGAGCACAAGCUGUUCUUUGUGCACGGGCCUGGCGGCACCGGGAAGACAUUUCUCUAUAGUGCGCUGUGUCACAAGAUCCGCGGGGAAGGCUUGAUCGUCCUCUGCGUUGCAUCCUCUGGGAUCGCUGCACUUCUUUUAGAAGGAGGUCGCACAGCGCACUCCAUGUUCAAGAUUCCCGUGGAAAGCUUGAACUCACAAUCAACCUGCGCCAUUCCCAAGGACAGCCCGUAUGCAGCCAUGCUUCGCCGUGUGCGUCUGAUCAUAUGGGAUGAGGCCGCCAACCAACAUCGCUGGGCACCUGAAGCUGUCGACCGCACACUCCGUGAUCUACGCAAUGACGACCGCCCCUUUGGCGGCAUCACUGUCGUG